AUGGCGAGAGCACUCCUGGAGUCCGCAGGCGGCGCCGCGGCCGCGCCGGGCUUCCUGCAGCCUUGGCUCGCGGCGCUCGGCAUGGUAGUGGCGUCGGUCUGGGUCGUCUCGUUCGCGGUGUUCCUCUGCGGCCGCAGAAGCUCCCACGACGACGACUACGGCGUCCCCAGGAAGAAGCCCGCCACUGCUGCCACGGCCCCGAAGGGCGGAGGCGGCGGCUGUGGUGGUGGUGGUGGCGGCGGCGGAUGCGGUGGCGGUGGCGGCGGCGGCGGAGGAGGUGGCGGCGGCGGAUGCGGUGGCGGUGGCGGCGGCGGAGGCUGCUAA